AACCCCACAAUCUGAUUCUUGCCAUAUCCGGACCAAUUCGUUCCUCCUUUGGACCCUUUAAAUCUAAAAAACCAUAGCUCACAUCUGAUAUACAUACAUACAUACAUACGGUCAGAUGAACAGUCAGAUGAACAGAGAGAGAGAGAGAGAGAGAGGUUACUUAGAAGGAACAACCGGCGGCGACCGAGGCUUCGGGUUUCGAGCGAACGACCGGCGGCGAUCUUCGGCGAAGGAACGGCGACCGGAACCGGAAGCGAGGGAACGGCGGCGAGGGAGCACCCGGAGCAGCAAGCGCUCGACUGAGAGAGGGGAUUCAGAAACAAAGGGAAAGAAGAAGAAGAAGAAGAAGAACAAGAAAGAAGACUGAAAAGAGAGGGAAAAAGGGGGCUUCGCCUUCGGGAUGCGUGCUUGCGUGAGCGCCUGUCGCCGGAAACGUGUUUCCGGCCAAUUUUUGUAAAUUGCGAAACGGGCCGGGAACGUUUCGCAAUUUACAGAAACGGACCGAAAAACGUUUCGGGCCGUUUUCUCCCUUUCCGAAUCGGGAAACGGUUCCGAAACGCGGAAAAGGCGUCUCCGAGCCGUUUCCGUCCUUCAGAUGUCUGUCCAAUAUAAUGCUCAAGGUGUGGAUUUUAAAAUCAAGCAGCUGACAGUUGGUGAGAAAAGAUUGAAGCUAACGGUUUGGGAUACUGCUGGACAGGAGAAGUUCAGGACAAUGACUAGCUCUUACUAUCGAGGUGCCCAGGGGAUUAUUCUAGUUUAUGAUGUGACACAGAGGGAAACCUUUAGGAACUUGUCAGAUGUAUGGGCUAAAGAAAGUGAUCUUUACUCCACUAAUCAGGCUUGUGUUAAGAUGCUUGUUGGAAAUAAAAUUGAUAAAGUAUCAGAAAGGGCUGUAAGUAAAGAAGAAGGAAUUGAACUUGCAAAAGAGCUUGGAUCUUUAUUUAUUGAAUGUAGUGCUAAAACUGGAGAAAAUGUGGAGCAAUGCUUUAAAGAACUUGCUUUAAAGAUAAUGGAGGUUCCUAGUCUUGUGGAAGGAGGGGUGCCUAAGAAGGGAAAUAUCGUAAAGCCAAAAGAAGAUCCCAGUCCAGAUCCUCCUGGUAAAGGUCCCAAGCCAGAUCCUCGUUCUGCUUGUUGCUACUAAAGCCCGAAUUAGCAUUGGCAACAGCAGGGAGCUUAUACCAUUCCUGCUGGAGUUAUGUAUUAUACUUGCGGCUAUUGUGCUGGAGUUGUCUUCCCAGUAGUAUAGCUGUUCUGGAGUACUGCCACUCAAAUAACAUAUGUUAGGCAUUUCUUCUUUUACUCUGUUCAUCAGGUGUAUGUAAACAAAUUCACAUGUAUUUAUGCAAUUUGGCAUGAGCCCUUUCUUUCGUUCA